AAUACCUUGACUCCACCUCCCAAACCUCUGACCCCGCCUCUUGGUGCGCCGCGGAUGUUUGCUCGGCCUGGAGCCGCCAUGUCGGUCACUGAUGACUUCCAGCAGCUGUGCUAUUUUGAUUUUAUGCCAAGUUUAAGGAGCAUCUUAAAGGAGGAGGAGAGAGUUGGAAUGGUUUACGGAUGGAAUUCCAGAGCUUAGGGUGGAGUGAUUAAAAUCAGGUAGGUACUCAAAUUGGCAGGAUGUGACUGGUGGUGCCCCAUAAAGAUCUGUGUUUGGAUUGUGGGAGUAAACUGGACCACCCGGAGAAAACCCACAUAGGCAGGGCAAGAAUGUGCAAAGUCCACUCAGACUGUCGCUUGAGGUUGGAACUGAACUCGGGCAGUAGUGCCAACCACUGAGCCACCAUGCCGCCCCAUUGGAAUAAAAGUUGGAAAAAAGAUGUACCUCUUUCCUUUGGCUGUGGAAGAAAUGGAUUUGUAAUGCCUUCUCCAUUGUUAGAUUGGUGCUGUUCUUUCAAGCAAUUUAGCCAAGUUAGUUCUAUGUAUACCGUUAUCUUGGCUUAACCUUGCAUGUAGAUGAAGUUAUACGUAAGCGGCUUCUAAUUGAUGGAGAUGGCGCUGGAGAUGAUCGACGCAUUAACCUACUGCUGAAAAGCUUCAUUAAGUGGUGUAAUUCAGGAUCUCAAGAGGAGGGGUAUAGCCAACACCAGCGUAUGCUUGGUACAUUGGGGCAGUGUGAAUUUUCCAUGGGAAAAACAUUACUUGUGUAUGAUAUGAACCUGAGGGAAAUGCUGAACUAUGAGAAAAUCUCAAAAGACAUAGAAAGUAACAUUGCAGCUGCACAUGACAAGAUCUCAGAAUGCAAGAAACAGAUUUUACAAGCAAAACGAAUUCGGAAAAAUCGUCAAGAGUAUGAUGCAUUAGCAAAAGUGAUACAACAGCAUCCUGAUAGACAUGAAACUUUACAGCAAUUGGACGCGUUGGGCAAAGAAUUAGAACACCUUUCUCAUAUUAAGGAGAGUGUCGAAGAUAAGCUUGAGCUAAGAAGAAAACAAUUCCAUGUUCUGCUCAGUACUAUACAUGAAUUACAACAAACACUGGAAAGUGAUGAGAAAAUGUCCGAAGGUGAGGACUCUCCUGAGACUCGCAUGGAGAUGCAAAAUGGACAUUAGUGGAUCUGCCAUUAAGAACUUUUUUAUUAUAGUGAAUUUUUUUUAAUAUGGAGGAAAACGUUUAAUUGCUUACCCCGGAGCUCCAAAGAUAAACUUUUUAAGUGUAAAUUAAGCUUUUGAAACAGAGCAUGAAAAGUAUUGAAAUGUUGAGUUGAUUAAUAAAAAAGACAUUGAAGCUUG